AUGCCUGUCCUUGAAGUCGAUGGCGUCAAAUUACCUCAAUCAAUGUCGAUUGCUCGUUUUCUUGCCAAACAAUUUAAUCUCGCGGGCAAAGACAAUCUUGAACAGGCCAAAGUCGAUACUGUCGUUGAUACAAUGAUUGAUGCGAUGGAUAAAUUGGGACCGAUUCGUAGACAAGCUGAUGAAGCAAAGAAACAAGCAGAUAUGCAACAGUUUCUUGCCGAUGUAUUACCAAAACAUCUGCAAAACCUUGAAAUUCUCGCGAACACAUACAGCAACGAUGGUCCAUUCUUUGUUGGAAAUGACUUGACGUGGUGCGAUCUAUUUGUCUAUGAUAUGCUCGAAACUAUUCUUCAGAUCGACGACAGUGUUCUUAGUCAAUAUUCCUGGUUACAACGCAAUCGUCAAGAGGUCGAGAAACAACCGAACAUUGCCGCCUAUCUUCAGAAUCGAUUGAAGACACCAUUUUAA